AUGGCGACCCUCCGAGUGCAGUGCGCCAGAAGGCUACUCCGAAAUGCCACUCCUUUUCCAGUCCUUGCCUCCGCGGUCCCCCGACGAUUCCAAAGCGAUGUGGCGAAGCCGGCCAGCGAUGCCUUGACAACGCCAGGCCAUAACCAGCCAGAUUACAGUAUUCCUGCUGACAAGGCGACCUCGACAUUCACCCCGCUACCAAAGUCAGUACAAGACGGCAGCGAGAAAACACUGCCGGCAGGCUUCAUAUCCGGUGCUCCGAUGGAACUACAGGCUCGGACGGUCCGCAUCUACAAAGAGGCAAAGCCCGCCACCCAGUCUGGCCUCUUCAGAGGGCUCCACUGGCGCAUGGACUGGGAUAUUCUGCCCAAGGGUCACCGAUGGGAAAAUCCUCUGAUGGGCUGGCAAUCCUCAGGGGACGUCAUGCAAGGGACGCACAUGAAUUUCAGCAGCAAGGAGGAUGCCAUCCACUUUGCCGAGAAGCAGGGCUACGAGUACUUCGUUCAGGAGCCCAAUUCGCGCAAGUUUACCCCCAAGGCUUAUGCCAACAACUUCACCUACACUCCCGGAAAGCUCAAGCAUAUUCGGACAAAGUAA